AUGUCAAAAAUCUUUGUCUUUAAAUCAUUGCUGCUCGGUGCCCAUAUCCAUCAGAGUAGCACUAGAAGAAAGAAAGAAAACGGGAGAGGAGAGCAAGAAAGAGGAAGAAUGGCCGCCAGUGAGGAGGGGGUGCGGGUGGUAGAGUCCUGCUUUGUAAAGCCGGCCGCAGACACACCAAGAAAAGCGAUCUGGCUCUCGCCACUCGACAUCAUGCUGGCCAGAAGAGGCUACACCCCACUCAUCCACUUCUACCGUCCUUGUGUCGACCAAACCAGUGCCCAAGACUUCUUUGACGUGACUAGGUUGAAGAGUGCGCUGGGCAAGGCUCUUGUGGCCUUCUACCCCAUGGCCGGGCGGCUCAGGGUGGGCGUCCAUGGCAGGUUGGAGAUCGACUGCAACGGUAAGGGCAUGCUCUUUCUUGUGGCCUACUCUCGUCUCACCAUCGAUGACUUCCGCGACUUGAAGCCAUCAUCAAAGCUAAGGAGGUUUUUUGUUCCUUGCAUGGACGACUCAUCCGACAUCCUGUGCGCCACCCAGGUGACAUUCUUCAAGUGUGGUGGAGUGGCCUUAGGGACGGCGACGCACCAAGGCGCGAUGGACGGCACUGCCGCGUUUCACUUCUUCCAGACAUGGUCAGCCUUCUCCAGGGAUGGCGACCGGGACGUGGUGAAGUUCCCCUACCUUGACCGCACACUCUUGUGCGCGCGCGACCCACCCAUUAUUCAUCCGGACACCCUCUCCCUAUUCUGCCUCAAGACAACCAACUUGUCCCGGCCGCCGGCGCCGGGGCCUGUCGUCGUCAACGAGGUUUUCACCCUCUGCAAGGAUCAAAUUUCCGCUCUUAAGCACAUGUGUGGUGGCGGCCGCGUGAGCACCUUCAGCGCCGUGAGCGCAUACAUGUGGCGGUGCAUGUGCUUAGCCCGGCGGCUUCCGCCAGACUCCACGACGCGCCUCGAGUUCCUGGCCAACUUCCGACGCAGCAUUGCGCCGCCGCUCCCGGACGGCUACUUGGGCAACGCGAUGUUGCAAGUAAGCGUCGCCGACAAAACAUGGGACGUCGUCUCGCGCGAUCUGGCCCACGUCGCGCACCGGAUCAGAGGCACUCUCGGCCGGGUGAACGAUGAGCUGGUGCGUUCGGCGGUAGACUACCUCGAGCUCGACCUGGCAGAAAGGGACAACGGCCCGGCUAUCGGCGUUCUGCCAGCGACGGACCUGUGUGUGGUCAGCUGGCUCGGCAUGCCCUUGUACGAUGUGGAUUUCGGCUGGGGAAAGCCGUUGGCUAUGUUGCGUGCCGAACAAAACCGCCGAGGUUUCGUGCUCAUGAUGAACGGCGCGCGGGGGGAUGGCAGCGUGCGCCUGUCCAUGUCCAUAGAAGCUGCAAUUCUCAAGGAGUUCCAGCGUUUGUUCUAUACAAAGCUCGAUAGCAAGGUGUAUUCCAAGUUCUAG